AUGACCCAGACAAGAUGGAAGAGACUUGGAAAAUUAUUUUUUCAACCAAGAGAGAGCAGCUCAACAGGCACCACAACUGCCAAACCUAGAAAGAGAAGCUCAACAGGCACAACAACAGCCAAACCAAGAAAGAGAAGCUCAACAGGCACCACAACAGCCAAACCAAGAGAGAGAAGCUCAACAGGCACCACAACUGCCAAACCAGGAAAGAAAAGCUCAACAGGCACCACAACUGCCAAACCAGGAAAGAAAAGCUCAACAGGCACCACAACAGCCAAACCAAGAAAGAGAAGCUCAACAGGCACCACAACUGCCAAACCAAGAGAGAGAAGCUCAACAGGCACCACAACAGCCAAACCAAGAGAGAGAGAAGCUUACAGAAGCUCAACAGGCACCACAACUGUCAAACCAAGAGAGAGAAGCUCAACAGGCACCACAACAGCCAAACCAAGAGAGAGAAGCUCAACAGGCACCACAACAGCCAAACCAAGAAAUAGAAGUUCAACAGGCACCAAAACAACCAAACCAAGAGAGAGCAGCUCAACAGGCACCACAACAGCCAAACCAAGAGAGAGAAGCUCAACAGGCACCACAACUGCCAAACCAGGAAAGAAAAGCUCAACAGGCACCACAACAGCCAAACCAAGAAAGAGAAGUUCAACAGGCACCACAACUGCCAAACCAAGAGAGAGAAGGUCAACAGGCACCACAACAGCCAAACCAAGAGAGAGAGAAGCUCAACAGGCACCACAACAGCCAAACCAAGAGAGAGCAGCUCAACAGGCAUCACAACAGCCAAACAGAGAGGGAGAAGCUCAACAGGCACCACAACUGUCAAACCAAGAAAGAGAAGCUCAACAGGCACCACAACAGCCAAACCAAGAGAGAGAAGCUCAACAGGCACCACAACAGCCAAACCAAGAAAUAGAAGUUCAACAGGCACCAAAACAACCAAACCAAGAGAGAGCAGCUCAACAGGCACCACAACAGCCAAACCAAAAGCAACAACAAAAUACGCGAAAACCUGGAAAAGGGAAGGGACCACAACAGGAGCAGCUACAGGGGGCACUUUCUCCAAGGAAACAAUUCGCUAUAUUGCCAGAAGUCAGACCAGUCAGUUUAUGGGAACCAGUAGUAGUAAGUAAAUGA